AAAAACAUGGCCGACGUAAAAUCACUGGAACAUCCAACUUUGAAAGUACCAUAUGAAAUUCUGAACAAAAAGUUUCGUUCGGGUCAGAAGAACAUUGACAGAGAGGUAUCUCAUGUUCAACAAGCCAGCACUGAGGUGGAACAAUGUUUGCAAGACAAGAAAUCACCAUCUGUACAGCAGGUGUCCUUUGCAUUGGACAGUAUGGUGGAAAAGCUCUGCUUACUUAAACGAAAAGCAGAAGAAAGCAUAAACGAGGAACUUGAGGCAGCAAAAGUGAUAAAACGUCGAGUAGAGCACUUAAAGGAGGCAGAAUGCCUACAGCCACACACUCGUCCUCUUUGGCAGAAGAAAAGGCUAGACAGAAUGCUGGUGGAAUAUUUCCUACGUUCUGGAUACUAUAACACAGCUAUCAUGUUGGCACAGCAUUCUGAUAUCCAGGAUCUGACAAACAUUGACCUGUUUCUGACAUCAAGAGAAGUUGAGGAAUCGUUAGUAAGGAGAGAAAUUUCACACUGCCUGGCAUGGUGUUAUGACAACAAAUCCAAAUUACGUAAAAAUAAGAGCACAUUGGAAUUUAAGCUUCGACAACAAGAAUUUAUAGAGUUAGUCAGACAGGAUAAAAGACUAGAAGCUGUCAGGCAUGCCAGGCGAUAUUUUGUUAAUCUUGUGGAUCAGCAACUAUCAGAUGUUCAAAGAGUUAUGGGACUUUUGGCAUACCCUGCUAAUACCAUCCUUCAACCAUACAAAGAAUUAUAUGAUGAGGGCAGAUGGCAUGAACUUGUGGAUCAAUUCCGGGAGGAGAACUUCAAGCUUCAUCAGUUGAAUAAUUCCUCUGUGUUCACUCUUACCCUGCAGGCAGGACUCUCAGCGCUCAAGACACCACAUUGUUAUAGGGAGGAAAGAAACAGAAAUGCAGACUGUCCUGUGUGUAGUGCCAAUUUGAAUAAGCUUGGACAACGCCUACCCUAUGCACAUUGUGCAAAUUCCAAAUUGAUUUGUUCAAUUUCAGGCCUUCCACUCAAUGAAAACAAUCCUCCAAUGGCAUUACCUAAUGGACAUGUAUACGGCUACAAUUCUCUUUCUGAUUUAGCCCGCCUGAAUGACGGAAGGGUUGUUUGUCCACGGACAAGAGAGAUUUUCCAAUUAGAUGAGGCAGAGAAAGUGUUUGUAAUGUGAUAAUUAAACCAAAGAAAAAAGAAACAUACCAUUGUGUUUAUCCACUAGACUAAUCUUCCUGCAUUCUGUAGUGUCUCUUUUGGAAUAAAACUUACAUUCCUAGGCUAUCAUGCAGAGACUACACAGGGAUAAUUGUAUGAGCCAAUUUACUCAAAAAUGGACCCUGACAAUCAUGUACAUGUAUAAAUGUAUCCUUUGAAGAGAUAAAACACAACUUGAACCCUAGUUUUCUUCACAUUUUGUAAAAAUAAGUAAAUAAAUUACUUUAUGUGUGAAAAAUUUUA